GCGUUUGAAAGUGGCGGGUGAACUGAAAGCAAACCGCUGUGUAGUGAGAAGAGAAACAAAAUGGCUGCUUGUGUUGUUUAGUAGCUGUGUUUUAUUUGAAGUGACAGCAGCCGAGACGAGUUUUAUUGUUCUGCGCGCAAGUUUUCUUUCAUGCAUUACUGAAGUAAAGACCGUACUGAAGGACGUUUUUUAAGUUUUUUUUUUCUUCAGCUCCUGGUAAAGCGUCUUCAUUCAUCUCUCAGCAUGACUAAGGAGGAGGACAAAGUGAUCCCGGUCCGUGUGGCUCUCCGCUGCCGCCCUCUGGUUCCCAAAGAGCUGAAUGAAGGAUGCCAGAGCUGUCUAACCUUCGUGCCCGGAGAGCCACAGGUGGUGGUGGGCAACGAUAAAGCGUUCACAUAUGACUACGUGUUCGAUCCCACGACAGAGCAAGAGGAAGUGUUCAACGCGGCCGUGUCGCCUUUACUCUCUGGCCUCUUCAAGGGUUAUAAUGCCACGGUGCUCGCGUACGGACAGACCGGCUCAGGAAAGACUUUCUCCAUGGGAGGCACCUACACGUCCGCACAGGAGAACGACCCUACCGUCGGCGUCAUCCCCAGAGUGGUCCAGAAAAUCUUUCAGGAAAAAGACAAGAUGGCUGACUGCGAGUUCCUCCUCUCUGUUUCCUAUCUCGAGAUUUACAACGAAGAGAUUUUGGAUCUUCUGUGUACGUCAAAGGACAAACCGGUGAUUAGCAUCAGAGAAGAUCCGAAGGAAGGCAUCAAAAUUGUAGGUCUGACGGAGAAGGAGGUGUUCACCACUCAGGAGAUGGUGGGCUGUCUGGAGACGGGGAACUCUGCUCGUACCGUGGGCUCCACGGCCAUGAACGCCGCCUCGUCCCGUUCCCACGCCAUCUUCACCGUCAGCCUGGAACAGCGCCGCGGAGGCGACAAAAAUGAUGUCAUGGUCUCCAAACUGCACUUGGUAGACCUCGCUGGAUCCGAGAGGCAGAAGAAAACUAAAGCUGAAGGAGAUCGUCUCAAAGAGGGAAUCAGCAUAAACCGAGGCCUUCUGUCUUUGGGAAACGUGAUCAGCGCGCUUGGAGACGAGAGCAAAAAGGGCACGUUCGUACCUUACAGAGACUCCAAGUUGACUCGUCUGCUGCAGGACUCUUUGGGAGGGAACAGUCACACCUUAAUGAUCGCGUGCGUCAGUCCGGCCGACUCGAACAUCGAGGAGACCAUCAACACGCUGCGUUAUGCAGACCGCGCACGUAAAAUCAAGAACAAGCCGGUUCUCAACGUGGAUCCUCGAGCCGCUGAGAUGAAACGGCUCAAGCAGCAGGUGCAAGAGCUUCAGGUGAUGUUGUUGCACGCUCGAGGAGGCGUGGCUCCUGUUCUUUCAGGGUCCGAGGAGGCCGAGAACGUGUCGAAGAUUCUGGCGCGUAACCGCAGUCUACAGGAGCAGAACAGCAAGCUGAGUCGAGAGCUGAGCGAGGCCGCAGGACAGACCGCCCUCAUGUGUGAGAGGGUCAUCCUGACGGAGCAAGUCAACGAGAAACUUCAGAGCAAGUUAGAGGAACUGAGGCAGCAUGCUGCUUGUAAAGUGGACCUUCAGAAGAUGGUGGAGACCCUGGAGGAUCAGGAGCUGAAGGAGAACGUGGAGGUCGUCCGAAGCCUUCAGCAUCUCAUCCUGGAGCUACAACACGAGAGUGUAGGGAUCGCGGCCACCAUCGACGCCAUGACCUCGGGCAACUCCACGUCUCUGGAGGUCGACGCGGACAGCAGCACUGCAGACACCAGCCGCAGUCCUGCUACCGGCUCGCCUGAGGCAAGCAAUGCUGAAGCUCAGGCCAAAGACUCCCCAGAGAUGUUCACUACCCAGCAUGCUCUGAGGCAGGCUCAGAUGUCCAAGGAGCUCAUUGAGCUCAAUAAAGUCCUCGCACUUAAAGAGGCCUUUGUCAAGAAAAUGUGUCAGAAUGACAGUCACUUGGAGCCGAUACAAACAGAAUAUCAGGAGAACAUCAAAAACCUCCAGGCUGAGGUCGGAUCCCUACAGAAAGAGAAGGAAGAUCUGAUCCUCGCUCUUCACUCUGCUAAGAAAGACACCAAUCAAGCAAAACUGAGUGAGCAGCGCAGGAAGAGGCUACAGGAGUUGGAAGGGCAGAUGACGGAGCUGAAGAAGAAACUGCAGGACCAGUCCAAGCUUCUGAAGCUUAAAGAGUCCUCAGUGCGCAGCGUCACUAAGCUUAAUCAGGAGAUUCAGGCUAUGAAGGCCCAGCGAGUGCAGCUGAUGAGGCAGAUGAAGGAGGACUCUGAGAAAUUCCGUGUAUGGAAGCAGAAGAAAGAUAAAGAAGUUUUGCAGCUGAAAGAAAAGGAUCGUAAACGGCAGUACGAGAUGCUGAAGCUGGAAAGGGAUUUCCAGAAACAGGCGAGCGUCCUGCGGCGCAAAACUGAGGAGGCGGCCGCAGCUAAUAAACGCCUGAAGGACGCUCUUCAGAAAAGGAGUGAAGUGGCCGAGAAACGCAAAGACACGCAGAACCGCGGUAUGGAGGGCAUCGCAGGCAGAGUGAAGGCGUGGCUGCUGAAUGAGGUGGAGGUGCUGGUGAGUACGGAGGAGGCUCGACGCCACCUACAGGACCUGCUUGAGGACAGGAAGAUGUUGGCUGAGGAGAUCGUACAACUCCGCCAGCAGAUGGAGUCUGGAGAGAAACCCGUGGCUAAAAUCCGCCGCCGCACCCUGACCAUCUCCGAGCUGGAGGGGAAAGGAAAGCUGGAGGCUUCCAUCAGUAAACAAGUGGACAGCCUGCAGACUGAGAUGGACCUCAGGAGUGCUCAGAUCGCCGACCUGCAGCAGAAGGUUCUGGACGCUGAUAACGAAGGCCGAAUGAAGCAGCGCUGGGACUCGAUCACCACCAUCCUGGAGGCCAAGAGUGCCUUGAAAAUUCUCAUGUCUGAGAUUGUGGCGUCCAAGACGGCAAACGCGAAGCUGGAGAGCGAGCUGAAGCAGGAGCGGGCGAACCACGUGGACCUGCAGAAGGUGAUGUGUGACGAGAGGAAGCUGAUGUCUGCUAUGGACAUGGAGCACCAGAGCCACCUUGUGGAGCUCGAGCAGAGACACCAGGAAAAGGUUCUUUAUCUCCUCAGUCAGUUACAGAACAAACCGGUGGAGGAGGAAAAGCAGGAGACGUCUAAGAGGGAGAGAGAGCUGCUACAGCGUUUGAAGUUUCAGGAAGAGGAGCUUGAGAAGAUGCAAGAACUCACUGAGCAAAACCAGAAACUCCUGGAAGAACUUGAACAAUACAAACAGAAAUUACUUCUGGCUCAGCUGUCCAGCGCGAAGAAAGCACCUGUGGGAGCGAGCGAAUCACCGGACACGUCGUUUGAAUAUGUUCCUCCUAAGCCUAAAGCCAAAAUGUCCACGGCGAGAGCACCUGUGCAGGAACCCGCCAUCGACCUGGACGAGCUGGUGUCUCCAUCGGAGUCUGAGGAGGAGGAUGAGUGGCGUCCGGAGAAGAAGGAGAGAAACAGACGAGGCUCUAAGAAGUCUAAAAUGACUGGGUGUGCGUGUAAGGGCCGGUGCGUCAAUAAACUGUGCCGCUGCCGCAAAGGACGAAUGACGUGCAGCAAGAACUGUCUCUGCGACCACGAGAAGUGUCGCAACAUGGACAACCAUUCCAGCAUGGAUGUUGCUGAGAUAAACAAUGCGUCCAAAGACUCCGUUUCUAUUCCUGAAGACCCCACAGCUGUAAGCCCUCGAGAUGCCACCUUCUUCAGACCUCCUUGUGUUCCACCAACUAAAAAGGAAAUCGGAGACAUCAGCAACCUGUCGUCAGUUCUGAAGCUGGAGAAGAAGCCCGUCCUCGCUGACCUGGACAGCGACAGUGAGGAAUCCGAGGAGUCCAUCAUGCCCAGCUUUCUGCGCAAGAACAAGAGAGGACUGAACAACUUCAAGAACAGUUUCUUCUCCGGCUGUACUCCUGUACGUGAGGAAUCCUGAAACGCACACUCCCGCUCGCUCUCCUCUUACCUGCCGUCUGUUUCGUCUUGUACAUGUGACUGUCUUUUUAACCCGUCUUCUGUCUGUCUGCGUGGUGUUCUUUUAACGUAACACUAUAGUUUUGGUAAUGUGACCUUUUCGAACACAACCUUACUGUAGUAGAAUAAUUGUUAAAUCAAUAAAUGAAUGUGUGUUGACUCGGACCCGAUGGCGUGGAGUUUAUGGAAUCUUUUAGAUCCGUUUCUCACGUGUAAUUUAUCUCAAAUUGUAGAUUUCAAUAAAAUGGUUGAGACGUU